AUGUUCGAAACAAGCCGCGACAUUCGUCCUUAUUUGGCAAGACAGAUCCUUAGAGCCACUCUCUAUGGAUCCUGGCUAUUUGGUUUAUUCCCCUUCACCGUGGACUCUAGAAAAAGAAUAUGCCAGCUUAGGCGCUCUCGCGGCCUAGUUUUGUACGGCCUAGUCGCUAAUUACUUCCUUAUAUUCAUUCUGAUUCGAUUGGCUUUUGAAUUCAAGAAACGUAAACUAGAAGUUUUUGAGAGAAAUCCUUUGCUGGAGAUCAUUAACAUAAUAAUUUCAGUGAUAAACAUUCUUUCAGCCAUAUUGAUACACUUUAUGAACUUUUGGAGCAGCAAAAAAGUUGAGGAAAUAUGCAACCAACUUUUAACUCUUGAAUAUCAGGACUUUGAAGGCCUGAACUUGAGAAAUUGCCCAAACUUCAGCUGUUUUGUGAUUCAAAAGUGUUUGACUACUAUGGCUACAAUGAUAUCUUUUUUAACGCUCAUCUACGCAAUUCCGGGAAAUAAGUCCCCUUUAUAUCUGACACUUUUGAGCUGUCUGAUGGGAGUAUCCUCCAAUUUGAAUACCAUGCACUACCAUAUCGGAGUCUUGUUAAUCUAUCGCUUUUUGUGGCUUAUAAACGGACAACUAAAGGACCUCGUGAGCCAACUAAAACUGAACCCUCGGGCUGACUCCUCCAAAAUGCACCAAUUUCUUUCCCUAUACAACCGCCUUCUGGAGCUUUAUAAAAAAUUGGCCAUCGCCUACCAAUACCAAGUGAUCCUAUUAAUAACAUCUCAGCUAGCUGGCAACAUCGUGGUCAUUUAUUUCCUCAUAGUAUAUGGAAUCAGUAUGCAUAACUUUUCAGUCUUUUUGGUGGUCUUCCCGCAAUCUCUGUUAAUAAACAUUUGGGAUUUCUGGUUGUUCAUUACCGUAUGCGAUCUUACUGAAAAGGCUGGUGACGAAACUGCGAUCAUUCUAAAAAUAUUUUCUUACCUCGAACACCGAGAUGAUCGGCUAGAAACCAGUGUGAACGAGUUCGCUUGGCUUUGCAGUCACCGGAAGUUCCGGUUUCAACUGUGUGGCCUGUUUUGUAUAAACUAUAAAAUGGGCUUCAAAAUGAUUAUAACCACUUUCCUCUACUUGGUAUACCUAGUUCAGUUUGAUUAUAUGAACUUGUAA